GGCCCCAGCGCCCGGGCCAUGGCGGCGGCGGCGGCGGGAGCUGCUGUCUGAGCAGCGGCUGCGGACCGAGCGGACUGGGGCCGGGAGCCCGGGCCGGGAGAGAGGCGCUGCGGCAGCGGGGCGCGGACGGCUGGAGCCGGCCUACCUCUCCUCCUCCUCCGCCGCAGCGGAGCCCGGGUGGGGGUCUGUGCCCGGUCACCAUGACGACGCCGGCGAAUGCCCAGAAUGCCAGCAAAACGUGGGAACUGAGUCUGUACGAGCUCCACCGGACCCCGCAGGAAGCCAUCAUGGAUGGCACAGAGAUCGCGGUUUCCCCUCGGUCACUGCAUUCAGAACUCAUGUGCCCCAUCUGCCUGGACAUGCUGAAGAAUACCAUGACCACCAAGGAGUGCCUCCAUCGAUUCUGCUCUGACUGUAUUGUCACAGCCCUGCGGAGCGGGAACAAGGAGUGCCCCACCUGCCGCAAGAAGCUGGUAUCCAAGCGGUCUCUGCGGCCAGACCCCAACUUUGAUGCCCUGAUCUCUAAGAUCUAUCCCAGCCGGGAGGAGUACGAGGCCCAUCAAGACCGGGUGCUCAUCCGCCUCAGUCGUCUGCACAACCAGCAGGCACUGAGCUCCAGCAUUGAGGAGGGGCUGCGCAUGCAGGCCAUGCACAGGGCCCAGCGUGUGAGGCGGCCGAUGCCCGGGUCAGAUCAGACCACCACGAUGAGUGGGGGGGAAGGAGAGCCUGGGGAGGGAGAGGGGGAUGGAGAGGAUGUGAGCUCAGACUCCGCCCCUGACUCUGCCCCAGGCCCUGCUCCCAAGCGACCCCGUGGCGGGGGCGCGGGCGGGAGCAGUGUAGGGACGGGGGGAGGCGGCGCUGGUGGGGUGGGUGGGGGCGCCGGUUCUGAAGACUCUGGCGACCGAGGAGGGACCUUGGGAGGGGGAACCCUAGGCCCCCCGAGCCCUCCCGGGGCCCCCAGCCCCCCGGAGCCAGGUGGAGAAAUUGAGCUCGUGUUCCGGCCCCACCCCCUGCUCGUGGAGAAGGGAGAAUACUGCCAGACUAGGUAUGUGAAGACAACCGGGAAUGCCACAGUGGACCAUCUUUCCAAGUACUUGGCCCUGCGUAUUGCCCUUGAGCGGAGGCAGCAGCAAGAGGCCGGGGAGCCAGGAGGGCCUGGAGGGGGCGCCUCUGAUGCCGGGGGACCUGAUGGGGGUGGCGGGGAGGGUGGGGGUACCAGAGGCGGUGACGGCCCUGAGGAGCCUGCCUUGCCCAGUCUGGAAGGUGUCAGUGAAAAGCAGUACACCAUCUACAUCGCCCCUGGGGGCGGAGCUUUCACGACACUGAAUGGCUCGCUGACCCUGGAACUGGUGAAUGAGAAGUUCUGGAAGGUGUCCCGGCCACUGGAGCUCUGCUAUGCCCCCACCAAGGAUCCAAAGUGACCCCACAAAGGGACAGCCAGAGGAUGGGGACCAUGGGAUGUCCCUUUGUCCUGGCCUACCACCCCCAGCUUCUUUGUCCCCCAGGGUCCCCCAACCUGGCCAGCCAGCAAGAGGACACAAAUGAGGACAAGUGGCUUUUAUACAAAGUAUCUAUAUCAGAUUCUUCUAUAUUGUACAGAACGGGGCAUGCGCCCCCAUCUACUGCCUUUUCUAUUGCCCCCCCAACCUCCCAGCUAUCUAAGAUGUUGGGGAAGGUGAAGAACCCUCCCCUUCAUGCCCUCCUACCAACAACAACAAGUUUGCUUCUUUUCCUCUUUGAAACCUGCA